UUUGUUUUUUUCCAAUUAAUCUGUAGAGAAUCCUCAAAUGGUCCGAAUUAAAUAUAUAGGGUUGUACAUAAUAUCCCCAAAUCCUUUAUUUACACUAAAGACACGAGACACUACUUUAAACACAGAUAUCAGAUAAGUUGUGGCUGUGAUUGAUUCGGGGACCACCAACCACCAGCGUCAGCGCCCAUGUUUUGCCACCGUCACAUAUAGUUUUAGGCCUAGUUUAAGAACUUCAUUUUCUCAAAUGAUUUACAUUUUCUAAAGUUAAAUUAGUUCAUUUUUCCUUGAGAAAAUGGAGUUUCUAAACUAGUUCUUAUCUUUUUUUCCCAGUUUUAUCCUUAGAGGGCAGAUGCUGCUGCAGCUCAAGAUAGCCACACACACAGACAGUGACACACUUAAGAGCUCGAGAUCUCACUCUCCUCACCUCAGCUCUCAGAGAGGAAGGACACUGCGGCCGGGCGAUGGCGAGCGUGGAGGGCAAGAGGGAGACGGUGCUGGUCACCGGCGCCAGCGGCUUCAUCGGAUCGACCCUCGUCGGCCUCCUCCUCGACCGCGGCUACAACGUCCACGCCAGCGUCCUCAACCCCGAUGACAAGGCGGAGACGGAGCACCUGGUCGCCCUGGGCGCCGGCGCCGGCGAGGGCCGGCUGCGAGUCUUCCCGGGCGACCUCCUCGACGGCGCCGCGCUCAUGGCCGCCGCGCGGGGCUGCUCGGGCGUGUUCCACCUCGCCACCCCCUGCACCGUCUACCCCGUGAGCGACCCGCAGGGGCAGAUGGUGGUGCCGGCGGUGGAGGGCACGCUCAACGUCCUGCGCGCCGCCAAGGAGGCCCGCACCGUGCGGCGGGUGGUGGUCACCUCGUCCAGCUCCGCCAUCAUACCCAGCCCCGCGUGGCCCGCCGGCGAGCCCCGCGACGAGCGGUGCUGGGCCGACGUCGACUACUGCAAGAAGAACGAGGUCUGGUACCCUGUUUCCAAGACGCUGGCAGAGAAGGCGGCGUGGAGGUUUGCGGAGGAGAACGGGGUAGACGUGGUUGUCGUCAACCCGGUGACUGCCAUGGGCCCAAUGAUUCCGCCCACCAUCAACUGCAGCAUGAUCGUGCUCCUACGCCUGCUACAAGGUUGCACGGAGGAGUACAGGGACAUCUGGAUGGGGGCGGUGCAUGUGCACGACGCCGCCAUGGCGCAUAUCCUGGUGUUCGAGAGCCCGGCAGCGUCCGGGAGGCACAUCUGCGCCCAGUCCAUCUCCCACUGGAGCGACUUCGCGGCCAAGGUCGCCGAGCUGUACCCUGAGUACAAGGUGCCCAAUUGCGUACGUUGCAGGUUCCCCAAGGAUACCCAGCCUGGGCUGGUGCGACAGGGAGCCGAGGAGGGGUCCAAGAAGCUCGUCGCGUUGGGGCUGCACUUCAGCCCUCUGGAGAAGAUCAUCAGGGACGCUGUGGAGGCCCUCAAGAGCAGAGGCUACAUUUCGUAGCUAGCCGACCGACGGCAGCUAUAGUGGAGUAGUAUGCCUGUCGAAUUUCGAUUCCCAAGUGGCAAAUUCUGCAAAACGAGUUCGCCAAUAUGAACAAUAAAUAAAGAACGUUGUGAUAAAAUAAAGCAGAUUUUCUGUUGCAUUUGGCC